GCUCCGCACUUUCAGAGUUGUCUACCUGCCCAGCUCGCCAUUCACUAACAAACUGUGGACUUGUGGGGGAUAGAACACAUUACACAUUCACACAGUAGCCGUAAGACUUUCUUUUUUACAACCAUGCCAGGUACAGUCAAACACCGUCACGAGUUCAGCGCCGGAGCAGCCGCGGAGAAACUGAGGAAUGCGAUGAAAGGUUUCGGUACUGACGAAGACACAAUUAUAAACGUUCUGGGAAACCACACGUGUCAACAGAGGCUUGAAAUCGUCAAGGCUUACAAGACUGCUUACGGCAAGGACCUUCUGGACGAUCUGAAGUCUGAGCUGAGGGGGGACUUUGAAGAAGUCUGUUUAGCCUUGUUGACUCCCCUGAGGAAAUUAGACGCUGAGCAGCUUCAUCAGGCUGUCUCUGGCGCUGGCACGGAUGAGACAACCAUCAUCGAAGUACUGGCCACCAAAACCAAUGCAGAGAUCGAGGAAAUCAAGGCCGUCUAUAAGAAAGAGUAUGAAAAAAAUCUGGAGGACGACCUGUGUGGCGACACUUCCGGCUACUUCCGACGUCUGCUCAUCUCUCUGUUGGCCGCAGGGAGAGAGGAGGAUAAAUCUGUUGAUAAGAAGAGGGCAAAGGAAGACGCUCAGAAAUUUUUCGAUGCAGGUGAGGCACGCUGGGGAACUGAUGAGGCCGAAAUCAAUGCUAUACUUUGCUUGAGGAGCAGAUCUCAACUGAAAGAAACCUUCCAUGAAUUUGAAAAAAUUUCUGGGAAAAGCGUGGAAGAUUCCAUUCGUGCAGAAUGCAGUGGAACCCUACAAGAAGGAUACCUAGCUAUUGUUGAAACCACUAAAGACAUUGAGGGCUAUUUUGCCAGAAGACUCCACGAAUGUUUUGCUGGGCUAGGUACAAAUGACAGUCAUUUGAUUAGGAUAAUUGUGAGCAGAUGUGAGAUUGAUAUGGAUGAAAUUGCACAUGCCUACAAGUCUAAAUAUGGGAAAAAGCUGAGUGAUGAAUUAAAGAGUGAAUGUGGGGGAGACUACCUCAAAAUGCUCCUUGCUCUAGUAACACCACAAGAGUAAUCUCACCUCAAACCAUUUCAAUUUAUUUCAUUUUUUUAAAUUAAUACUUUCUUACUCAUGUUGAUGUUUCAAUUUAUUUUACAUUGGUAGAUGGGUCUUGUUUUGUUUUUCAAAUGUAUAAUAAUAAUAAGAAUAGUAGUCAAAUAAAUAAAACAAAAGCAUUUGUACUGAAAAUAGCAUAAUCAUAACAUUUUAGGUCAUCUUUGAAUGUUUUAAAUGUUUAAAUUUUUAGAUCACCAUAAAAUUCAUUCCUAGUUAAGAAAAGUAUUUUCUUUAGGCUUUCUUUGCAUUUAUUACAUAAUAACAAUUAACUGUCUUGUAUACAAAUGGAUCGUUUAACUUAAACAGUACAGCAUUGUCACUACUUCAUCCCUGAUAUAUCCACCAUUUGUGCAGCACUUUAUCAAUUCUGACCAGUAUUUCAACAAGAAAAAAAGCACCAGUAUUGUUUUAGUUUCUCAGGUUUAGCAAGUUUUUGCUGUUUUGUUACCUAACGGAAAAUCUCAUUUUGAAAAUUAAAUGCAUCCAUUCAAGUAGAACACUAAUUAUGCCCAUCAGUCAUUACAAUUAAAUAUUGUUAAAGGGCAUUUUAUUUUUUGCAUUACAUUUAUAAGAAAACAGUACACAUAACCUUAAAUAUUUAAGCAUAUUUUUUUUUACAUGCUGUAGAUAAUCUGAUUGUGUUCUUUGUACUUUACUGAUCUGCUUAAACUUAGAACAUUCUUUUUCUUGUGAUCCAUAGCCUGGUGUUUGUUUACUGGAUGUUAGAAUACAGUUGUUUAGCACAACAAAUAAUCAUUUAUUUUCUGUUAUUUGUAAUUAGGAAAUUUACCUAGUUUUUUUUUUUAAAUAAAUUAUCUUUCAACUGUA